AUGGCAGCGAGCGCCGCGCUCUUGCAGCUGCUGGCCGCGGCGGUGGCCCUCGCGUGCCUGGCUCUGGCGGCUCCUUCCUCGCCGCCGCCGCCGCCUCCGCCCUCCGAGGACGCCGAUCCCUUCGCCGCUCAGCUGGGCGACAUCUCAGCUUGCCAAGCGCGGUGCGCCCAGAGCCUCCGGCAGAGCCCCGAUGCCGCCGCCGCCGCCGCCGCCGCCAAGGAUGCUAUUCUCAACGCCUGUUACCGGGGCUGCCGGCUGUUUUCCAUCUGUCAUUUUGUGGAUGCCACUGCUGAGCUGAAUGCAACCAGAGCCGAGUGCGAAUCGGCCUGCAUGGAAGCCUACAUUGGUGCGGAGGAGCAGUUUGGCUGUACGACCGGAUGCAAGACACAGCUUCCGGAAAUGGAGAACAGAGGAGAAAACAUGAUCCAAGAUGAGAAACCGGCCUCGUUCUCCGUCUUUGACCUCGUCUCCAGUUUUUGCAAUGAUAUUGUCAGCUCUGCUCAGAGUUUUAUUUCUUCCACGUGGACCUUCUAUCUGCAGGCAGAUGAUGGAAAAGUAGUCGUGUUUCAGUCACAACCAGAAGUUGAGUAUCCAGUUCCUGAGGCCCAGGCACCCAAGUCAGAGGUUUCGGAGAAGACUUGGACAGACUCAGCCCCCAACACCUUAAAGCCACACACAGGCCUUCAGGAGAAAUUGGAGAAGCCUCCGAUCGAAGAGCCCAAGAGUCCAGACCCAGACCCAGCCCAGCCCGUGGUGGAGUCUCAGAUGCCUCUGGAGCACGAUUUCCUGGGCUGCAUGUCCAAGCGUUCGGGGCUGCCCCGCUGGAUUCUGGCUGCUUGUCUCUUCCUUUCCAUCAUGGUGAUGCUCUGGCUGAGUUGCGCCAGUUUGGUGACUGCGCCGGAUCAGCACGUCAAGACUCAGCCCCUGAGCAUCAAUGGAGACAAAGAGUACCUGGAAGACCUAGACGGACCUGUGCCCUAUUCCUUACGCCCCGUCAUUGCUGUGGCCAUCUGUCCCGCGGAGGAGAACAAGGAAGCAGGCCUACUGCCGGUCAAGGUGGAUUUAGACAAGACUGUCCUCUAA